GCUGCCCAGGGAGGUGGUGGACUCACCAUCCCUGGAGGUGUUCAGGAAAUGUGGAGAUUGUUCUCUUAUUUGCAAAUUGACUUCUUUGGUUUUCCACCUUCGGAUUCAUCAUGUUGUGACGCUGCUUUAUUUUUGGGAGGAAGAAGUCACUUUCAAAGCUAGAUGAAAAAUAUUUAGCUCAGGUGAAACCUUCAUUGUGCCUACUUUGGGCUCAGGCAUUUUGCAUAGAUUUUUCAGCUUCUUUAAGUUCGGGGUUUUAUUCCUUUGCUUUUUCAAAAAAGGAUCUGAAGGCAAGGAGAGAGUCGAGAUUUUCAAUUAGACAUGAGCAAUGUUGUUGAAGGAUGUUUAUACACCCGCAUACAGUUGCUCAGCAUCAGCAGACAAGUCAUCUUGGGUCUUGGAGAAUCUAAAGAAGCAGGUUGUCAACCCUGGAGACACUGAGUUGAAUGCAAAUUGCCUUUAUCCAAAGUGUUUCCGAGGGGCAGCUUCAUGUGGAGAUGCGCUGGCUCUUGGUACCACUCAUUGAGGGGUGGCUGGACAUUACUGAGUUCACCCAGAGUUGCCCUGCAAGCUCCUUUCAGACACUUGUCCAUCUGUGAGUGAUGGGGGAGAGCCUCACCGUGUGCCGGGGCAGCCCCAAGGAACACUCCUGGAAAGAGUUGUUGCCUGCCUGCCACUACCAAUGAACAGGGACAGAGCUUUCGCGCGUCCUCCCCAGCUGCUGGCGGCAGGAGCCUCGUUUAGGGCCGUGUACGGGAAGCUAAUUAAAACCAGUGACAAUGGUAAUUGGGUAGGGAUGCUUGAGUAUAAGUAUGACCUCAUGUCUAAAAUGGUAAUGAGGCUAUUAAAAUCCCCACCGAAGAGGAGCAAAAGAGGCAGUGAGAGUGUACAGGGGCCGGGGUGCCAGGACUGGCACACACCUGGUCUCGGCUCGGCACUGGCUGCUGGAGGCCGCAAUGACACCCACUCCAUGUUGGUCUGCAGGGCACCCCGAGGGGCCGGGCAGGACGGUGCGGGAUGGCACUGUGUCACCUGGGCACCCUGCGCUGAAUCAGAGGCUGUUCUGGAUGAAGGCUGAGGAUGUGCUAUGGAGCUGGGUUUCAACUGCUCUGACCUUUGCAAUGGCCAGCCUGGCUUCAGCGACCAGGAGCAGCAGCAGCGGAUGCUGCAGGAAUUCUGCACUGUCACUAUUACAUCAUCUGACCGCAGUGGGAAGAGCUCCCCAUCCUUCUCUGCUGCCCUCCUGGGAGUUGUGUGGACAUUUCUGACUGGAGGAGUCCUGCUUGCGCUCUUCUUCCUUGCUUUCACCAUCCGCUUCAGGAAAAACAGGAUCGUGAAGAUGUCCAGCCCCAAUCUGAACAUUGUGACCCUGCUGGGCAGUGGCUUGACUUACACUAGUGCUUACCUCUUCGGGAUUCAGGAGCAGAGCCUGUCAUCGAGGAAAUCAGUGGAAAUGCUCAUCCAGUUGCGACUCUGCCUGCUGUGUGUGGGAACCUCCCUGGUGUUUGGGCCCAUCCUGGGGAAGAGCUGGAGGCUUUACAAGGUGUUCACCCAGCGGGUGCCGGACAAGCGGGUGAUUAUCAAAGACCUCCAGCUGCUGGCAAUGGUGGCGGUGUUGGUGUUGGCAGAUGCUGUGCUGCUCUUCACGUGGGUUUUCUCCGACCCGGUCCAGUGCUUCCGGAGCCGUAGUGUCUCAUUGCGGGCCACAGAGAAAGGCAUGACCUGCUCAGUGAGCCGGAUGCAGUCCUGUGCAUCUCUUUAUUCCGAUCUUUGGCUCGUUCUCAUUUUAGGGUUUAAGAGCGUGCUGCUGCUGUAUGGGACAUACCUGGCCGGCCUGACUGACAGCGUCAGCUCUCCGCCAGUCAACCAGUCCCUAACGCUCAUCGUGGGGGUCAACCUCAUCUUCCUGGUGGCCGGCACCGUUGUCUUGAUUCACCGCUUCUUCCGCGCUUGGCACAACUUGCUCUUUGGUUUCACCUCUGGAGGCAUCUUUGUGUGUACGACGACAAUCAACUGCUUCAUCUUUGUCCCUCAGCUCAGGCAGUGGAAGGCCUUUGAAGAAGAAAACCAGACUCUGAGCCACAUGGCAAAAUAUUUCAGCAGCCCAAGCAGGAGCUACCACUCAGUGUACAGUGAGGAGCAGCUCUACCAGCUGAUAGGGGAGAAGAACUCCAUGAAACAGCUGCUGACAGAGAAAAACGCCAUGAUUGAGAGCCUGCAGGAGCAAGUGAACAACGCCAAGGAGAAGCUGAUGAGGCUGAUGUCAGCAGAGGGUGGCUGCAGCCCUGCAGUGCCAAAUCCCUGCACCCAGAGCACAGGGCAGCAUUGCGAGAAGUGCAGCAGCACUGGGGAUGUGCCCAGGGAGCACUGGCCCCUGGAUACAGAAAAAGAUGGGCAGCAAACCUCCUCUGUGCUGCAUGCACUGCCUCACAGUCCCAUGCCUCUUAGCAGCGAUGCUCAGGACCUCUGGAAACAUGUGAGCCAUGUGCACGAACUAUUGGAGGAGCCUGAGUGUUCACCAACACUGCUUUUUGACACGAGAAACAGCCUUGAACGCAGCCCAGAACAUGCCCAGGAAUAUGGAAUGCUUGCUGGGAAGCAUCCUCUGGAGCAGGAUGCCUCAGCUGGUGUGGCUGGAGAGCAUCCCCCCAAGGUCAGCUAUGUAAGCAGUGAGAAGCUGCAGGAAGUCUUGCAGGAGCUCAGCCUGGACAGCAGAACCUGCAGCCCAGCCUUCCCUACACACACAGGCGGGAUGUGUGGGGCACAGGGGGGGCACCCAGCCGCCCGCAGCUCCCUCAGCCCCUAUCUGACUCGACGGCGGCGACGUGUCCUGCUGCCUCCCACCUCCAUUGACCUCCCUGCAUCCCCUUGUGCCUGGUGCACAGCGGGCAGCAGGCCGGGCACCCGGAGCCAUGGGGAGCCACCGUGCCUUGGGCCGGGUAGGGAAGGUGAGAGGGCUGGCAGAGGGCUCCCCCCGCCAUCGCUGUCCUCUCCUUCCAUCCCUGCCAAGGGCUGGCCAGGGCCACAGGGCUGGGCGGUGAGCGGCACAGAACUAGAGGGUUGCCGCAACAUUUCCCUACAGGACUGGCGGCAGUGGAGUAGCCUGGGGAUGCCGGCACAUCCCAUUCUGCACUCGCUGUACCACUACCCAGACUCGGACUCCAGCAGCAGCUCCGAAGAGGUAUUUCCCUGCUGCCACAGGCCGUGUUGCCAGCUCUGCCUGCAGAGUCCCCGUGGCUCUCUGGGCAGUAGCAGCAGCAGCAGCACAGAGACAGAUAUGGAGCCUGGCGGAGCCGUGGGAUGCUGGCUGGAGCCCCAGGGCAAGACUCAGCCUGUUGUGAACUUCAAAGAAGAUCUGAAACCCACGUUUGUGUGACCACAAGCACCUAUGCCUCAAAGGCGAGUGCCUCCUUCCUCCCAGAACGCACCAUGUUAGAGGAAACAGCGAUGCAGAAGUGCAUCCCUCUGAGAUGGGGAUGGCAGGAGAGCUCACAGCCUGUCCCACCUCUGAACCAGGCCUUGAGGCCCAGGGCAUGUUGGAGGCUCUCUGUUAAGGCUCAGUAGUAUCUAAAUUUAAGCGUGGAGUCCAAAGGUGA